CAGUAGUUGUGGCGCAUGGGCUUAGUUGCUCCAUGGCAUGUGGGAUCUUCCCAGACCAGGGCUCAAACCCGUGUCCCCCGCAUUGCAUUGGCCGGCGGAUUCUUAACCACUGUGCCACCAGGGAAGCCCUGGUCUCCUAAUCUUGAUGAGCUUCUCUGGUUCCUCAAACCUUGCCUCAGGUUGUUUCUUGGCUGCUCCUCCCUUGUCUCCUCAUCCUUUCCCUUCCCUACUAGCAGCUGUUCAGAUCUGCCCUUUGGAACCCAGGGAAGGUCAUGGAGGCUGGAGUCUGUUCCCUAUAAACAAGAAACGGGGGACAGAAAAGCUUCUGUACGCAGGAGCCACACAGGAUCCUGCUCGGUUCCAGGGGCAGUGAAUGUCAUUACGUGGACCGACCUCCUGCCUCCGGAGGUCUGCAGUCUCCUGAACCCAGCGGCCAUCUAUGCCAACAACGAGAUCAGCCUGCGCGAUGUCGAGGUCUACGGCUUCGACUAUGACUACACCCUGGCCCAGUAUGCAGACACACUGCACCCAGAGAUCUUCAGUGCUGCCCGUGACAUCCUGAUUGAGCACUACAAGUACCCGGAGGGGAUUCGAAAGUAUGACUACAACCCCAGCUUUGCCAUCCGUGGCCUCCACUAUGAUAUUCAGAAGAGUCUUCUGAUGAAGAUUGACGCCUUCCAUUAUGUGCAACUGGGGACAGCCUACAGGGGCCUUCAGCCUGUGCCAGACGAAGAGGUGAUCGACCUAUAUGGGGGCACCCAGCACAUCCCACUGUACCAGAUGAGUGGCUUCUAUGGCAAGGGUCCUUCCAUCAAGCAGUUCAUGGACAUCUUCUCGCUGCCAGAGAUGGCACUGCUCUCCUGCGUGGUGGACCACUUCCUGGGCCAUGGCCUGGAGUUUGACCAAGCACACCUCUAUAAGGAUGUGACGGACGCCAUUCGAGAUGUGCACGUGAAGGGCCUUAUGUACCAGUGGAUCGAGCGGGACAUGGAGAAGUACAUCCUGCGAGGGGAUGAGACAUUCGCCGUCCUGAGCCGCCUGGUGGCGCACGGGAAACAGCUGUUCCUCAUCACCAACAGUCCUUUCAGCUUCGUGGACAAGGGGAUGCGGCACAUGGUGGGUGCCGACUGGCGCCAACUCUUCGACGUGGUCAUCGUCCAGGCAGACAAGCCCAGCUUCUUCACCGACCGGCGCAAGCCUUUCAGAAAACUUGAUGAGAAGGGCUCACUGCAUUGGGACCGUAUCACCCGCCUGGAAAAGGGCAAGAUCUAUCGGCAGGGAAACCUGUUUGACUUCCUGCGUCUGACGGAAUGGCGAGGCCCCCGUGUGCUCUACUUCGGAGACCACCUCUACAGUGACCUGGCGGAUCUCAUGCUGCGUCACGGCUGGCGCACAGGUGCUAUUAUCCCCGAGCUGGAGCGAGAGAUCCGCAUCAUCAACACGGAACAGUACAUGCACUCGCUGACGUGGCAGCAGGCGCUCACAGGGCUGCUGGAGCGUAUGCAGACCUACCAGGACGCCGAGUCUCGGCAGGUGCUGGCCGCCUGGAUGAAGGAGCGGCAGGAGCUGAGGUGCAUCACCAAGGCCCUGUUCAAUGCGCAGUUUGGGAGCAUCUUUCGCACCUUCCACAACCCCACCUACUUCUCGCGGCGCCUGGUGCGCUUCUCCGACCUCUACAUGGCCUCCCUCAGCUGUCUGCUCAACUACCGCGUGGACUUCACCUUCUACCCCCGCCGCACGCCCCUGCAGCACGAGGCACCGCUCUGGAUGGACCAGCUCUGCACCGGAUGCAUGAAGACACCCUUCCUUGGCGAUAUGGCCCACAUCCGCUGAGGGUACCUUUAUUGUCUGGACCAGGCCCAGCCCCUGCUGUCCCACCCACUCUGGGCAAUAAAAGCCGCCUCCCUCCUG